AUGGAUAGAUCAAAGCAGCAACAAGUGGUUAUAUUUGUCCUGAUGGUGGCCAUGGUGUUGGAAUCCUCCUUCAUCUCGGCCUGUCCGUCCGGUGGCCGUGAAUGCAAGACCUGUAUUCUUGAUCGGUUCAAGAAAGAUUGCCCACCUUGUGCUCCAAUAUUGAGAUGCAUGGCUCAGUGUCUAUGGAGCGGGACUUCACAAGGUAAAUGUAUAAAAUACUGUGACUGUAAUAAUAGGUACCCCAACAUCUACGACUGCAAGAAAUGCAUGUCUAAGUGCAAAUGCAGCUGCCAAGCCAGACCCUACCUAGGCUAG